ACCAGAACCCAUCUCCAGAACCUUCGUCAAAAACCCCUUAAGUCUGAACCCUACUAAAACCCUCCACUCCACUCCAUUCCAUUUCCUCUCUCACACACACUCACACAGACGCAAAGAUUAAAUCAUCAAAAAAUGCACAGGAUAUCCCGUCGCUCUGUCUCUGCAAUUUUGCGAAAUGGUGGUUUUCAUCACCGAAAUGCUGUUUCUGCAUCUCUCUCUUCAUCCUCUCCACUAAUUUUUUCUGAUGGCGAGGCGAAGGUGGAGCAUAGACGGUAUUCGUCGUUGAUACCGAGCAAGUUCCAUGCACCUGGCUCGGAUUUUAUGACCAUGGCUCGUCGCUAUGAGUCUACAGCUGCAGCAUCUGACUCGUCUGGUGCUCCUGUUGAGAAGUAUGAGUAUCAAGCCGAGGUCAGCCGUCUGAUGGAUCUUAUUGUUAAUAGCCUCUACAGCAACAAAGAGGUUUUCCUCAGAGAGCUCAUCAGCAAUGCAAGUGAUGCGCUAGACAAGCUGCGGUUUCUCAGUGUUACACAACCAGAGCUUUCAAAGGACUCUGUUGAUCUUGAUAUUCGCAUUCAAACUGACAAAGAUAAUGGGAUCAUCACAAUCAUGGACACUGGAAUUGGUAUGACGCGUCAAGAGCUUGUAGAUUGUCUUGGAACUAUUGCACAAAGUGGAACAGCUAAGUUUCUUAAGGCAUUGAAGGAUAGCAAAGAUGCUGGAGCAGACAACAAUUUGAUUGGUCAAUUUGGUGUUGGGUUUUAUUCGGCAUUUUUAGUGUCUGAUAAGGUGGCUGUUGCAACAAAGAGUCCCAAAUCUGACAAACAGUAUGUGUGGGAGGGGGAAGCAAAUGCUAGUACAUAUACAAUUAGAGAGGAGACGGACCCAGAGAAGUUGUUGCCUAGAGGAACUCGUAUAACUCUAUAUCUCAAGCGCGAUGACAAAGCCUUUGCUCAUCCAGAGAGGGUCCAGAAGCUUGUUAAGAAUUACUCACAGUUUGUUUCAUUUCCAAUAUACACGUGGCAGGAGAAGGGAAUUACAAAGGAGGUUGAAGUAGAUGAAGAUCCUGCUGAAGCUAAAACUGAUGAUCAAGAAGAGCAAACUGAGAAAAAGAAGAAGACAAAAAAAGUGGUUGAAAGAUACUGGGAUUGGGAACUCACAAACGAGACUCAGCCGAUAUGGCUCCGGAAUCCUAAGGAAGUUACAACGGAGGAAUACAAUGAGUUUUACAGGGUGACCUUUAAUGAGUAUUUGGAUCCUCUAGCGUCAUCACAUUUUACAACAGAGGGUGAAGUCGAGUUCAGAUCUGUCUUAUAUGUUCCAUCAAUGGCGCCUCAGGGAAAAGAUGAUAUAAUGAAUUUUAAGACAAAGAAUAUAAGGCUUUAUGUCAAGCGAAUUUUCAUUUCAGAUGACUUUGAUGGAGAAUUGUUCCCUCGAUAUCUGAGCUUUAUUAGAGGCGUUGUGGACUCCAGUGACCUUCCCCUCAAUGUUUCUCGUGAGAUUCUCCAGGAAAGCCGAAUUGUGAGAAUAAUGAGAAAAAGAUUGGUUAAAAAAGCCUUCGACAUGAUCCUUGGCAUAUCAAUGAGCGAGAACAGAGAUGACUAUGAGAAGUUCUGGGAUAACUUUGGUAAACAUCUAAAAUUGGGUUGCAUUGAAGAUCGUGAUAAUCACAAACGUAUUGCACCUUUGCUACGAUUUUUCUCAUCUCAAAGUGAGAAUGAGAUGAUAAGCUUAGACGAAUAUGUUGAGAACAUGAAAGCUGAGCAGAAGGAUAUCUAUUACAUUGCUUCCGACAGCGUAACAAGUGCAAAGAAUACACCUUUCCUUGAGAAGCUUUUGGAGAAGGAUCUUGAGGUGCUCUUUUUAGUUGAUCCCAUUGAUGAGGUUGCUGUCCAGAAUCUGAAGUCUUACAAGGAGAAGAACUUUGUGGACAUUAGCAAGGAAGGUUUAGACUUAGGAGUGGAAAAUGAACAAAAAGAAACAGAGGUGAAACAGGAAUUUGGUAGGACUUGUGACUGGAUCAAGAAGCGCUUGGGUGACAGAGUUGCUAGUGUCCAAGUUUCUAAUCGAUUGAGCUCUUCACCAUGUGUUCUUGCAUCUGGCAAAUUUGGUUGGUCAGCUAAUAUGGAGAGGCUGAUGAAGGCACAGCAUGCUGGUGAUUCAUCUGGUCUUGACUUCAUGAAAAGCAGGAGGGUGCUUGAGAUUAAUCCUGAUCAUUCAAUUAUCAAAAGUUUGCAUGCUGCAUGCGAAAGUGGUUCAGAGGAUGAAGAAGCUCUUAGAGCAGUUGAUCUAUUAUAUGAUGCAGCACUAGUCUCCAGUGGUUUCACUCCUGAAAACCCAGCACAGCUCGGUGGAAAGAUAUAUGAGAUGAUGGGCAUGGCUCUAUCAAACAAAUGGGGAUCAUCACUUGAUGCUCAGCAAGUAGUUUGCCCUCCACAGAAUCCCGAGACUAUGGAAGCUGAGAUAGUUGAGCCAGUUCAAGCUGAUGGUCAGAAAUGAAGUGCACCACGCAGUUCGUGGUAAUCGGAGACAAUAGGUUUUAGUGGCAUAUAUAUAUAUUGAUUCAGAGAGUCUUAAUUUUUGAGAGAGUUUUGUCAUCGUACUUCAAAAGUUAGCUACAUAGUAGAGCAAUGUAGAACAGUAGACGGAUAUCCAUUAGAGAUAUAUUUUACAUCCCAGAGGAGCAUCUAUUCCGUAUUUCAGUUACCCAUACACGAUUCAAUCAUUCUAGAGGGCAGUGUCGGCCGUUUUUCUUUUUUUUCUUCCCCCGCUCCUCUUCCUAUUGCCUAAUUAACUGCAAUUUACCGUGUAUUGUACUUUUGUUUUAGCAAGCUUAUUUGGUGUAGUUGGAUGGAGAUUUACCUUGUAACCGUCCAAUUUUCUCAACUACAGUUCUUGGAAUUAGGAGUUCUUUUUAUCUUUUCCCCUUCUCAAA